GCUGAAUUUGUGUCAUCAUUUACACUUAUUUUUUGCUUUCUUUGUCAACAGCGGCAAACAAUAGAACUCAUUCCUGUGACCAAGGUGUCCUACUCAUGGAAAGGGAAAACACAUCUUUACUUUGUAUAUGGGAAUGAGUUUAAAGUUCAUACAGACAAUUAUCCGGCUACUUGUUGCUGCUCUGUUAUGUGAUCUAAAAUAUUGUCAUUUAUGUCUCAUUUGUCAUCAGCUUUACUGACUUGAAAAUCAGUUAACAUAUUACCACAUAAAUAUGAAUGAUACAGAAUCAUUAUUACUGAAGCAAAAAAAAAUAUAUAUAUAGGCUAUAUUUUUCUGCACGUGAAUAUUUCUGAAAUAUGAAAAUGCACUUAAUCAUAUUUUGUCAUAUCAUUUAAUUGUGUUGGCAUUAAACAUGUGUUGUUGUACAUUAAUUACCUUAUCUGCAUAAUUAUAAUUUUGUCACGCAUAUGUUUAUUAAAAUUAUUUUACAAGUGUAUCUAAUUAGUAAUUUCAAAUAAACCCUUGUUAUUUUUUUUAGAUCCAUAAUAAAAGCAUACAAUGUUAAAAUCUUCUUUCGUCAUAUUCAGUGGGCUGUCGCGGAAGAAAUGACGCGGUUAACGUGUUCGCCGCAAUGAUAAUAAACCGUAAACAUAAAGCUAUUAUUUACCGCUUUAAAGAAUCAUACGGGGCGUGUUUUUUAUUCCUGCACAAUCUCCAUGAAGGACCAGUUCUGCUGUUGACUCUGGUUGAUAAAAUAUCUGCGUUUACGAAGCCGAGGGAUAGGUGAACGGAACAACGAGGUUGUGCCAUGGCCACAGCAUCUGCUACUGUGGACUCCAAGGCAGAGUUGACUGCGCUGUUGGAACAAUGGGAAAAGGAACAACAGGGCGCCACUCAAGAACUGGUGAACAUACUGACAAAAAUCUCAGAACUUGUGGAGAAAGAAACAGAAGAGUACCACAAAGCAGACCCAGACCCAUUUGAUGAUCGACAUCCUGGGAGAGCUGAUCCAGAAUGUGUGUUGGGGCACUUACUGAAAAUACUGUUCAAGAAUGAUGACUUCAUGAACACACUGGUGAAUAGUUAUGUGAUGACCAGCCGUGAAUUUUCCCUUAAUACUGCUGCUUGCCGUUUACUUCAAAACAUUAUGCCUGGGUUAGAAACAGCUGUAGUCUUUCAAGAAAAGGAGGGUAUAGUUGAAAAGCUUUUCAAAUGGGCUCAGGAGGCCGAGCAGCCCCUGCGAAUCUAUGCCACAGGUUUGUUGGCUGGUGCAAUGGAGAAUCAAGAUAUUGCUGCCAACUACAGGGAGGAGAACUCUAUCCUGGUACCUUUGAUGCUGCAUCGUCUACGAGAACUUCAGGACAAGACUAUUGAGAGUAAACGUCCUAGUCCGAGGAAAAUCUUGAGUAGAUCUUUGCUACCUCUAGAUGAGGAGGCUGUUGAUGGAAACUUUGAAGAGAAACCUUUUACACCAGACAAAAAUGGUGCUGAAAAGGAGCCGAGAGACCCAGACCAAGAUGGUGAAAAGACAUUUUCUUCCACUGAGCAAGAAAAUGAACUGUCUUUUCGUAUUAGCUCUCCACCUCACAGGACCAACAGCCGCCCAAGCUCUGCACUUAAAACCAUGAUGAAACCCAUGUCUGCUUCAGAAUCCCUGACUCAGCUGUCUGAUGGAGGCAACUAUCUAAAAAGAAAAGCAGAAAGGGACAUUUGCAGAUUGUCAAAGCAGAAGCUCAAUUUCUCGUUACCAGAUCCAGAGAGAUCCCUCAGUGAGCUAUCAAACAGCAGCUGGUCUGAGAUGAGCCCCUGGGUCAUUGGCAACAACUAUCACCUCUACCCUUUGACCCCAGAGAUUGAACAACGACUUAUUCUUCAGUAUUUGACACCUUUGGGAGAAUAUCAGGAGCUGCUAGCAGUAUUCAUGCAAAUGGGAGCCCGGGAACUUCUCAUGCAUUACAUGGAUCUAAAGCAGACUAAUGAUGUACAACUAACCUUUGAGGCCCUUAAGUAUCUUGCUUCAUUGCUACUUCACAAGAAAUUUGCUGCAGAGUUUGUGGCACAUGGUGGAGUUCAGAAGCUGCUGGAAAUUCCCAGACCAUCAAUGGCUGCAACUGGAGUGUCUCUAUGUCUCUACUACCUUGCUUAUAAUCAAGAUGCAAUGGAAAGAGUGUGCAUGUUGCCCAACUCCGUCCUGUCAGAUAUGGUUGGCUACACUCUGUGGUUACUAGAGUGCUCGCACGCAUCCGGUUGCUGUCAUGCUACCAUGUUUUUCUCUAUAUCCUUUUCCUUCCGUGCCGUCCUUGAGCUGUUUGACAGGCAGGAUGGACUCCGGAGACUUGUAAACUUGAUCAGCACAUUGGAGAUCUUGAACCAUGAAGACCAGGGACCUCUGCUCAGUGAUGAUCAGAUUUUCUCAAGCAGGCAAACUGCCAAGCACACCUGCAUGGCUUUGCGCAGGUACUUUGAGGCCCAUCUGGCCAUCAAAGUCGAACAGGUGAAGCAAUCAUUGCAACGCACAGAGGGAGGUGCCCCCAUUCACUCGCCACCAUAUUAUAAGGCUGUCAGCUACAGUCGUGAGCAGGUGGUUGAGAUGAUGGAGUUUCUGACAGAGUACGGUCCACUCAGACUGUACUGGGAACCAGCAGAGGUCUUUCAUAAGUUGUCCUGUGUGCACCUCCUCCUGCAGCUCAUCUCAAUUGCCUGUGAUUGGAGAACCUACUAUGGCAGGAGUGACACUGUCCGUUACGCACUUGACAUCCUGAGUAUCCUCACAGUUGUACCAAAGACCCAGCUUCUGCUGUCUGAGCCUGUUGCUGUACUGGAUGAAGGAGGUUCCAUUGUUUCCACUAUUGGAAUGAGUAUUGUUCUAGAAGUGGCUGAAGGAGAGAUAUUUGUGAAUGAUGCUGAGAUCCAGAAGUCCGCUCUGCAGGUGAUCAUUAACUGUGUAUGCGCUCCCGACAAACGUGUGUCCAGUAUCGGAAAGUUUAUAGCAGGAACUCCUCGCCGACGCAUGCCUCAGCAAACUAAAGCCAGCGAGAGUGUGCUCACCAAGAUGUGGAAUGUGGUGCAGUCAAACAAUGGCAUCAAGGUAUUAUUGUCUUUGUUGAUGGUGAAGAUGCCCAUAACAGAUGCAGAUCAGAUUCGUGCUUUGGCCUGUAAGGCUCUUGUGGGCCUGUCUCGCUCCAGUACAGUCCGGCAGAUCAUCAGUAAGUUGCCUCUGUUCAGCAGUGGACACAUCCAGCAGCUCAUGAAGGAGCCAGUUCUUCAGGACAAACGCAGUGAACACGUCAAGUUUUGUAAAUAUGCAGCAGAGCUUAUAGAGAGGAUUUCUGGGAAACCUCUUCUCAUUGGUACAGACGUGUCCCUGGCAUGGCUGCAGCGGGCCAGUGUUGUGGCUCAGUCCAGGAUUUCAUUUCCAGAAAAGGAACUCCUGUUGCUCAUCAGGAACCACCUUGUGGCCAAAGGGCUUAGUGACACUGCUGCUACACUGACUAAAGAGGCAGAUCUGCCAAUGGUUUGCCUAUCUCAUUCCUCACAUUCAACAUCAGCUUUCCCACCUGUCCCUGUUGCUCCCUCCACCUCCUCACCUGUUACCACUCUGCCCCGGACCCCACGGUUAGCCAACGGCGUUGGGUCAAGAAUGGCAGCCCACCCUGCCCACUCUGGACACUCUGGACACUCUGGACACUCUGGACACCCUUCCCACCUUUCCCACCCUUCCCACCCUUCCCAUCCUUCCCACCCUUCCCAUCCUUCCCAUCCUUCCACACCUGGAUCAAGUCAUUCCCAACCUCGGCCUUGUACAGUAGCCCAAACCACACCUGCUGCUGCCACCCUCCCUCAAACAGCUGCUCAUCAGUGCACUAAUGGCUCUCCAGUCAUUGGUCGGAUUUGUUUCUCUCGUGAACGUCAAACAAUAAGCUGUGGUACCAUGGGCUGUAGGAAACCGCGUGUACUCAGGCAAAAAUCAGACCAUGGCGCCUUCAGCCAGAGUCCAGCGAUGAAAAAGCAGUUUGAUCGACAUUUGCCCUCACCACCUGCUUUGGACAGUAUUAUAACUGAGUAUUUGAGAGAACAGCAUGCACGAUGUAAAAACCCUGUUGCCACCUGCCCACCCUUUUCACUCUUUACACCACAUCAGUGUCCCGAGCCCAAACAGAGGAGACAAGCACCAACAAACUUCACAUCUCGGCACACAAGGAGGGUCAUCUAUCCCAAAUACGGAGGCGUGGAUGGAGGAUGUUUUGACAGACAUCUCAUUUUUAGCAGGUUUCGUCCAAUCUCGGUUUUCAGAGAAGCAGACGAGGAUGAGAGUGGCUUCAUGUGCUGUGCCUUUUCUGCUCGAGAGCGCUUCCUGAUGCUCGGGACGUGCACUGGAUACCUCAAACUGUACAAUGUGUUCACAGGGCAGGAGGAAGCCAGCUACAGCUGCCACAGUUCAGCUAUCACACACCUAGAGCCCUCUCGGGAUGGCUCACUGCUUUUAACAUCUGCGUCUUGGAGUUACCCACUGUCUGCACUAUGGGGGAUGAAAUCUGUGUUCAUCAUGAAGCAUUCGUUUCCAGGAGAUCACUAUGUGGAGUUCAGUAAGCUAUCACAAGACCGGGUCAUUGGCACAAAAGAACAUAUAGCAAGAAUAUAUGAUAUCCAGACGGGGCAAGUGACUCUGACCCUCAAUAAUCCUGACCUUGCAAACAACUACAAGAGGAACUGUGCGACCUUUAACCCCACGGAUGACCUGGUACUGAACGAUGGAGUGCUGUGGGACGUCCGAUCGGCGCAGGCCAUCCACAAGUUUGAUAAGUUUAACAUGAACAUCAGUGGAGUCUUUCACCCCAACGGACUGGAAGUCAUCAUCAACACAGAGAUUUGGGACCUUCGAACCUUCCACCUCCUGCACACAGUUCCUGCCCUGGACCAAUGCAGAAUCGUAUUCAAUAAUAAUGGCACUGUCAUCUACGGAGCAAUGUUGCAGGCGGAUGAUGAGGAUGAUAUGAUGGAGAUGCAGAUGAAAUCACCAUUCGGCUCCUCAUUCAGAACCUUCAAUGCUACAGACUACAAACCAAUAGCAACAAUUGAUGUUAAGAGGAAUAUUUUCGAUCUUUGCACUGAUACAAAAGAUUGCUAUCUUGCAGUGAUUGAGAAUCAAGAUUCUGUCAACACGGACACCGUGUGCAGGCUCUAUGAGGUUGGACGUCAAAGAUUAGCAGAGGAAGAGGAGGAUGAGGAAGAUCAGGAGGAUGAGGAUCAGGAAGAGGAUGACGAUGAUGAUGAAGACUCUGAUGAUGACGUGGACACAGAUCCUCUAAUGGCAGAGCUAGAGGAGAAUGAGGACAACGAUGGUGCCGAGGAUGAGGACGGUGCCGAGGAGUUCUCUCCAUCAGAUGACGAUGUGGAGCAGCUUCUUGAUGAAGAUGCAGAUGAUGUCGGUGAUGACGAUGAUGAAGAUGAUAAUGAUGAUGACGACUCAGACAAUGAUGAUGUGGAUUUGGAUGGCGACAAUGACAGCUCAGACAAUUCUGACCUUGAGGACGACAUCAUUUUGUCCCUGAAUGAGUGAGGAAUAUUAGGCACUUUUGACCUUACGACAAGUGUCAAGAUCUGCUGUGGAAAAAUCUUCAAAAACUCCAAGAUGGACUCCAGAUUUUCCCAAAUGCCACAUGUGCAAACACAAAAACACAUUCAUACCAGACAAUGUUGCACAAACGGCUCCCCUGCGGGUCAGACUUGAUUGUACAUACUAUAGUUUUUUUAUACAUAAUAUUUCACUUCAGAAGAGUUGCGUGGCUAGUGGUGCACCAAGAGAAUGUUUUAUAUUUUUACUACUUUUUCAUUCAAUACUUAAAAUGUAAAAAGAUGAGACUGGUUGUGGAGCUGUGUUUGUAUGGCAAUGGAUAUGAUUCUCUCUCAAGUGAACUUUGUAUAAUUACCAAAUAGUACUAUUGAAAGAGGCAGCUAAUGUGGCACCUAAGAUUCUGUGUCACUAUGAAGUGCUAUUCAAAAGUCAGUCACAGCAAUGCCAUUAACACAUUUUCUUUUUUUAAAUGUACAUACAGAACUGAUCCUGGUCAGUCAGAAUUUUUUGAGAAUUCUGAAACUAUUUCAGACUAGGAACACAACUCCUGUAUACCCCUUAGUAUCCACUUAAAUUUCCAUAAAGAGGUGUAUUUAUACUGAAACGAUACCCACUUGAGUUGAGCUUAUUUGAUUGGAAUCUUAAACCAUGGUAAAUGGUCACAUUUUUCUAUAGUGCUUUUCCACCUUCAAGGAGGAUUUUAGGCAUAAAAGAACAUAAGUUUCCCCGAAGAGAACGCAAUAUAAAAAAAGAGAUUCUGAAAAACCUUACAUCCAUUUGUUUAUUUUUAUCUUAAAAUGGAUUUGAUGAAAAUAUCUUACUUAUUUCUUUACCUAAAGGAGUAUUUUAUGUUAAGUUUCUUGAGACUACUUGUGUACAAAUUCAAUGUAUCAGAAUUAUUUUUUACUAUAAAUAAACCUUCAAAUCACA